AUGCUUCAAAGACUAGAGAAAGUUGUUCAAACUUUGGAGCCGAAAGACGGAGACAGGCAGGAUCCCGUAGAUCCUCAGCAAGCCCACAAACACAGUGAUGAAGGUGGCCGAGAACGACCUCAGUCUCCGAUUCCUUCGCCUAUGGCUGAAGACCUCGGCGCUACGGACUUGGGAUCUUUCGGUCCGACGAUUGGCCCAGGAGUCCAAAUAGGUCGUUCAAACCCACCCAGUGCCGAGUUGCAAAGUGUAACAUCAAGCCAUGGUGGCAGUGAUGGCAGGAUUGUUCGCGAUGCCGGGAGGGACACCUAUGUAAGACGAUGGUUUUGGGAGGAUUGUAAAAGUGAAAUCAGCAGCGGCUCUGCGACAGACGAAGAUCGCUCAGACGACGAUGACUUCGAAGAUACCGGUUCUAAUCCUUUCGCCAAUUGGUGCUCGAAGAAACCGGAAAGUUUGAGUUUCGAUAACGAAACUACGAGCUCAAAGAGAAGGAUUCUUUCUAUAAUUGGCGAUCAAAAACUGCACUUGUGGGGUAUUUACAAAGAAAGAGUUGAGCCGCUGACCAAGUUGCUUCAUUUGCCGUCGCUGGAGCAGGCAGUGACCGGGCAUCGCUUGGUGGACUUCGAAGACGGCACCCGUUGUAUCAUGCUGUCAAUCUACUACGGCGCGGUAACAAGUCUGGGCGAAGAAGAGUGCGGCCAGCUCUUUCAAAGCAGACAAGCCCUGGUCCUGUCCGUCCUGCGAGACGAGGUAGAAGCAAUGCUUUCGAAGGCCAUGCUGAUCCACACCGGGGAUAUCCAACCGUUGCAGGCAUUAGUAUUGUACCUCAUUUUCCUGCGACAUCAUGAACCUCGGCUCUCCUGGAACCUUUCGGGGUUGGCCGUUAGACUUGCUCAGAAUUUCGGCAUUCAUAGGGAAGGCAGUCUGUUCGGACUCUCAACAUUCGACAUCGAAAUGCGACGCCGCCUUUGGUGGCAAAUUGCAGUUCUGGACGCUCCAUCGGCGGAGGACUAUUCGGGUGAAUACAAUUUGUAA